AUGGCGCAUCCCACCAUUAAAAUUGAUACAAGCGUCCAAGCCAACAAGCGCUCGCACCCGGAUAAUGAGGAUGGAGUCGGCGUUGUGGAUGGAUCAGAUGAUGACAACCCGGAGAUGGAGCUGGGGGAUAAUGAACAUGUUCCCCCCUUCCUUCGCCAGUCGGUUCUUGAUAUCCGUCAUAAGUUCGAAGAGCUGGAAUACAUGCAAGGAACUCGAAUCUUGGAGGGGUCCCGGGCGAACGACCCCUCGCACCGUUGGGCGCUCGACGCGGAUCCCGAAGUCAGGGCUAGGAAUCGAUAUGCGAAUGUACAAGCGUGGGCGAAUUCUCGCAUACACCUACGGGUUCCUGAAGGCGAAUGUGAUUUUAUAAAUGCAUCGCCUAUCGUCCUUAGGGAUUCGGUUUCGCAAGAGGAAAGGAAAUAUAUCGCAACACAGGGUCCCAGGCUAGACGACCUCUACCACUUUUGGAAUAUGGUUUUCCAUGAAACCGGAGAAGUGGCAGUGGUUGUCAUGCUUACACAAACGAUGGAAGCGGGUCGCGAGAAGUGCUCCCAGUACUUUCCGCUCGAGAUCGAAAAUCCGAUGUAUCUACGGCAGGACAACAGCAAUCCCCAUCUUGAAAGUGAACAGCAAGAGUUGGAAGGUGGAGAUGUGCUUGGUCACAUCACCCUCCUGGAAAGCACAUGGGAUCUAGAAUGUCGUUCUGAAAUCCGACGGCUCCAGCUCACAUUGGGUUCCGAUUCCAAGACGGUGUGGCAUUUCUUAUUUGCAGGUUGGGCAGAUUAUUCUAAACCUGUUGGCGACGAUCGCGAUGCACUCCUCCACCUGAUAAAGCUGUCAGCCUCUAAAGCUUCCUCUCCACAGAAUCCUCGAAUUGUUCAUUGCAGCGCCGGAGUCGGGCGAACCGGCACCUUCAUUGCACUUGACCAUCUCUUACAGGAACUGGAGUCAGGUCAACUAUUAAAGGUCACUGAUGAAGACAUAGAUCCUGUAUUUGAGACGGUGAACCUGAUGCGCGAGCAGCGAAUGAUGAUGGUGUAUAACGAGAUGCAGCUGAUUUUUAUAUACGAAGUCUUGCGCGAGCAAGUUGACAUCAUCCUAGAGAAGACAUAUGGCAUCAGCCGCCAGCGGUCAGUUGCCAGGUCCGCUAAAAUAGCGAAACUCUCCGAAGAGGACUAUCUACCUGCACCAAAACCGGAGUUGGAGGCUGCUGGGGACCUUUCUGACACCAGGGCCCCUGAGCACUCUGAUACUGAUUGA